GUAAUUUAUCAUGCUUUUGACAUUUUAACAAUAAACAUAACCUUUAACUUGAAAAAUUAUUAUCGAAAUUGCGUAAUAAAGUGCGUUUUUUUUUAAAUUUGACAUUAUAUCAUGAAUAAUUAUUUUGUUUAUUCGGGUGAUCAAAAUAAUGUAGACCAAUUAGAAAAUGUUAACCCUACAUUAUAUAAAAAAGUCGAUGAGAGAAAAGUGACAGCUGACGAAGAAAACGAAGAUGUUGUUGACGAAUUCGAUGCACGUGAAAUUUUUGAUAUCGUCAGGAACAUUAAUGAUCCAGAACAUCCUUUAACCCUCGAGGAAUUGAAAGUCGUUGAAGAAGAUCUUAUUGAAGUGGACAAUAAAAAGAAUGCAAUUUUGGUAAAAUUCACUCCAACAAUUCCCCACUGUAGUAUGGCAACAUUAAUUGGCCUCUCAAUACGAGUUCAACUUUUACGCGCAUUACCUGCAAGAUUUAAAGUUACAGUUGAAAUUACACCUGGAACUCACAGUUCCGAAUUUGCAAUAAAUAAACAACUCGCUGAUAAGGAACGUGUUGCAGCUGCACUGGAAAAUAAUCAUCUUCUUAAAGUAAUUAAUCAGUGUAUACAAAUAGAAAUAUAACGAGUCUUGUAAUUAUUAUUUUAAGUGGUAAAAAAACUUUAACAAUGUUACGUUAAAAUAAAACAAGUAUUAAAAUUUUAAA